GGGCAGGGUAUAUAAGAAGCUGCAGCAGGAGGAGGCUUUAUAGUUUGUUUGCAGACUGACCGUGUAUCUGAGGGAAAAUGCCCGAACCCGCCAAAUCCGCCCCAGCGCCAAAGAAAGGCUCUAAGAAAGCGGUGAGUAAAACGCAGAAGAAAGAUGGGAAGAAGCGCAGGAAGAGCAGGAAGGAGAGUUACGCCAUCUACGUGUACAAAGUGCUGAAGCAGGUGCACCCUGAUACCGGCAUCUCUUCCAAGGCCAUGAGCAUCAUGAACUCCUUUGUUAACGAUGUGUUCGAGCGCAUCGCAGGGGAAGCCUCCCGCCUGGCUCAUUACAACAAGCGCUCCACCAUCACCUCCCGGGAGAUCCAGACCGCGGUCCGCCUGCUGCUGCCUGGGGAGCUGGCCAAGCACGCUGUGUCCGAGGGGACAAAGGCUGUGACUAAAUACACCAGCGCCAAGUAAUCCCCAUUCCCUGCCCCGCAACAACACAAAGGCUCUUUUCAGAGCCCC